AUGGCGGGGGAAGUCGAUUUGAGUCCACCAUAUGGCUUUGGUAGACAUAGAGCUGCUCUCAGUGAGAAGGAAGUCGAAGGUUUUAUGCGGGGUGACUAUGUCUUCAGCCAUUUCUACGACUGGGCUAUUGCAAGCAUUAAACUCUCGAUUCUUGGGCUUUACUACCGCAUUUUUAGCACGGUUGUCUUUCGCCGAGUUGUCAUCGGUACCGCAGUCUUUAUCUCUCUCUGGCUCGCAGCCAUGGAGAUCGGCCUAGGUCUAGAGUGUAUCCCCAUUGAGAGCGUUUGGGAUGCGGAUGUUGAGGGGGCUUGUAUAAAUCUGGUGGCAUUCUCCUACUUCACCAACAUUACGAACCUGAUCACCGACAUAUGGGUGUUUCUUCUUCCCCUGCCAAUUAUCUUCGGGCUGCACAUUAGUCGAAGGCGAAAAUUCGAGAUCGCAGGUAUUUUUGCCAUCGGUCUACUCACAUGUGGCGUCACUCUUGCUCGCCUAACCGUUGUGGUCUCACAAGGAUCGGAAGACUUCACUUGUAGGUCCAAAUAG